CAACGGUAUCCUGUAAUAAAGCUCCUUGGUAAAGAAGCAUUGAAAAGUAGCAAUACAAGCAAGAGAAUAAUAAAGAAACAGGCUGUAUAAAGCUCAUCUUCGCGUUGAAGACUAAGCGAAAAAAGAAGCAUAUAAGGUAAUGGGAACUCUAAUCUCUUCAAUACUCAGAAUAUUUCUGUUCUAUAUCUCAAUGGAAACUCUAGAUCCAAUCCAAGAAACCUUUCUCCAAUGCCUGUCCGCUCAUUCUUUAACCUCCACACCAAUCUCUGAAGUCACAUAUUUCCCCGACAAUCCUAACUACUUGUCAGUUUUGAAUUCUUACAUCAGAAACCUUGUAUUCACAUCUCCUACAACACCAAAACCCUUGUUCAUUGUAACCCCCACUCAUGUUUCUCACAUCCGGGCAUCAAUCAUUUGUUCCAAGAUUCAUGGUCUUGAAGUCAGAAUCCGCAGUGGAGGCCAUGAUUAUGAUGGCCUUUCUUAUGUGUCAACUGUGCCGUUUAUCAUGGUUGACUUGUUCAAUAUGAGGUCUGUUAGUGUUGACAUAGAAGAUGAGAGCGCUUGGGUAGAGUCAGGUGCUACACUAGGGGAAGUUUAUUAUAGAAUUGCUGAAAAGAGCAAGAUUUACGGCUACCCUGCUGGAGUUUGUCCAACAGUUGGUGUUGGAGGCCAUUUAAGUGGAGGUGGAUAUGGUAACUUGAUGAGGAAACAUGGUUUGUCCGUUGAUAAUAUUGUUGAUGCAGUACUGGUUGAUGCUAAUGGUAAUGUUUUGGAUAGAGAAGCAAUGGGGGAGGAUCUUUUCUGGGCUAUUAGGGGAGGAGGUGGAGCUAGUUUUGGAAUCAUUGUUUCAUGGAAAAUUAAGCUAGUUCGAGUCCCAGAAGUUGUCACUGUUUUUAGAGUUGAAAGGACAUUGGAAGAAGGUGCAUCAGAUAUUGUGUAUCAAUGGCAGCAUGUUGCUGAUAAAAUCGAUGAAGAUCUCUUUAUAAGGGUGGUCCUGAACCCAGUUACUAGGAAGGGGCAAGUGACAAUCAAGGCCAAAUUCAAUGCUUUGUUUCUUGGAAAUGCACAACGACUUGUUUCUCUGAUGGAUGAGCAGUUUCCUGGAUUGGGAUUAUUGUCCACGGACUGCAAAGAAAUGAGCUGGAUUGAGUCGGUGCUGUUUUGGUCCAAUUAUCAAAUUGGUACAUCUACAGAUGUUUUGCUUGAGAGACAUUCAACAAAAGAGAAGUACUUGAAGAGGAAAUCUGACUAUGUGCAAGAGCCUAUUUCGAAGACUGAUCUUGAAGGAAUAUGGAAGAAAAUGAUCCAAUUGCGAAAGCCGGUAUUGACAUUCAAUCCUUAUGGAGGAAAAAUGAGUGAAAUUUCAGAACUUGACACUCCAUUUCCACAUAGAGCAGGGAACAUUUACAAAAUCCAGUAUGCAGCAAGUUGGAAAGAAGAAGGUGCUGAAGCUGUGGAUCACAAUUUGGAUCUUAUCAGAAAGCUUUACGAUUACAUGACUCCUUUUGUGUCAAAAUCACCUAGAUGUUCAUAUCUAAAUUAUAGAGAUAUUGAUGUGGGUAUCAAUGAAAUUGGCAAUGCUACUUAUGAGCAAGCUAGUGGUUGGGGUACCAAGUAUUUCAAAGGCAAUUUUGACAGGUUGGUGCAAGUCAAGACCACGGUGGAUCCUGGUAAUUUCUUUAGAUAUGAACAAAGCAUCCCAUCCCUUGAAGCUUCUUCUUCGAAGAAUAGAAUGUCAGAGUGAGUAGAUGCCCAUUUAAAUAAAACAAGGCCUUUAAUAGCUUCUUUGGAGUGUUGGCUAUAUAGUAUACCGUGCAAAAUAUUCUUUCACAAUAUCAGAAAGAUUGUCUGGUAUUUUUAUGCAUUAUCAAAUGUUACAGAUUCAAUAUUUCCUUUCAGAGGCUUGGAUAUGAUGGUUCAGGUUUUCUUUCCAGUUCAAAGUAAUCCAUGAUGAGGUUUUAUGGCUCAAA